AUGGAAGACAGUUAUUGUGAUAAAGAUGAAGAUGUUUCUAUUGAGGCAUAUGAACCAAAAUUAUGUAAAAUGCUUGAUAGUUUUGAGAGGAUGAAUUCAAAGCUAAAUGAUGCAAUAACAAAGUUCCCUGAAAAGGAAAGCUUCAAGAUAUUCAAUGAAAACUUGAAGAAAAAACUGAAAGCACUAAUUUUUUUGAAUUUCCAAGGAAAUGGUGAAGAAGACAAUGAUAAUGAUGGGAGUCAACUGGAAGUAGAUUAUUUGCUUGAUGGAAAUGAAGCAGAGAAUGAAGGAAUAAAAAAUGAUAGAGAUAACAAUCAAAAAGAAUGUGAAACUAAAGUAAAAGAGAAAAAUGGAGAGAUCAAUGAAAAUAAGAAUCAUGAAGAGAAAAACGAUGAUGAGACUGAAGAAACAAAUAAUCAUGGAGAGACUAGUCAACAAAAUGAAACAAAUCAAAAUCUAUUGGAUAAAACAAGGGGAACUCAUAAGAUGUACAUAAACAAGGAGAAGAAGUUGAGAAAGGAAAAGGAGAUGAUACAGGCAAGGGAAAUUAUGAACAUGGAAAUAAAGGAGGAACAGAAGCUAAGAAGACAAAAGGAAAAGAUGGAGGUGGAGAUGAACAUACAGAUGUUCAGAAAGGAAAUGCAGAUGAUAGAGGCAAGGGAAAGUCUGAAAAUGAAAAUAAAAAAGGAGGAGAAGCUGACAAGACAAAACGAAAUGAAGAGGACAAAAUAUGGCCAGGUAACAGAAAGAGCAAUUAUGGAAAAUCUAUAUGCAAACACAAAGAUUUUUGCAGAAGUUUUAGACACUUGGGGUGAUUUACUUAACGACCAAGAACUGGGAAGCGAUGUCGGAAAUUCACCAUACAGACUUUUCUUGAAAGUUGAAGUUCCUAAUGCAUAUGUAUCUUCAACAUUGUGUGAUGAAAGAAAGUAUGAAAAAUUCAAGGAGAACUUUCAUGACAACACUGAUGGGUACAAAAAAACUUGA